AUCCAAGCAGCACUUGAUCGGUCUGUCGAAGCGUCUCAUCUGUAUGUAUAUGCAUCCACACACACACACACACAGCCAGCCAGCCAGCCAGCCAGCCAACCGAAGAAGCGCAAGGACGGACGGACAGACGGACGGACGGACACCCAGACAGACAGACAGACAGCCCAAAACAGACGGACAGCCAGCCAGCCGGGCUGGUGGGCGGGAAGUGGUAGCGACAGACGUCCACCCACCACGGUGAGAGAGAGAGGGAGCGGGCGUCCUCCCGUAGAACAUACGUAGACAUGUGCUUACAGGAGUACGCCCCUCUUGUGUAGAUAUGUACGUAUGUGUCCGUACGAGUGCCUGCGACUCUCUCUCCCUCUCGGGUGGCCGUCUAGCUAAUCCCACCCACACACACUUGUUUGUCGCCCACCAUGCCCAAAACAACACACACACACACACACACACACAGAGGCCCAAAAAGAAGACCGACCGAACACCCACCCCCUCACACACACGGCCAGGCGCAGGCACAGAGACAGACAGACAGACAGACAGACAGGUCCACCACCAAUGUGAGUGAGAGAGCGGGCAUUCUCCCGCCUGCGCAUGACAUACACACGUAUGUAUAUGCAGACAUGUACAGACAGGAGUACGCCCCCAAGCUGUUCUCGCCUCAGAUCGCUCGCAUCCUCCGCUCAGUCCCAGCCCUCUCACUCACAUACAAUAGGUGUUCUCCCAAAAAGGAGGGAGUACACCCAUGGCCGUCUCCCUUCCACAACAAAAGGAAACACAAACCCACACAGACCGAAAUUAAACUAAGACAAUAGCCGACCGAAAAACACGACAGACAGACAGACAGACAGACCGUUCCCCUCACAUACAUACAUAAAUCCAUCGACACGGACGAAAACAGCGGACAGUAAAACGGCCGGGUACUCGACUCACUCACUACACGAACGACAGACAUAAAUCACAGACAGACAGACGGACAAAGAAAGAAAGGCCAUCGACAAAUCGAUCAAUCGGUCAGCCAGCCAGCGAUUGGCAGCACACACAGCACACACAUGACAAUUAAGAUCAUAAAUGAAUGUGUGCAGACAGACGGACGGACACCAACCGCACACACGUCACUCACUGAAUUAACAAGCACUUGAACUCAUCCAUCAGCCGAGACAGACAGACAGACGGACAGACAGACAGCUGUGUGUGUCGACACGCACGGCACACAAUGGGCACUCACCAGACAAACGCGGCAUGCACCGCCAUCAACCAACUCCGGCAGGCAGGCAGGCAGGCAGGCAGGCAGGCAGAAAGAGGGAGGGAGGGCGAGAGUAACACAGAGAGAUGAGUGAGGUGGGUGCUUGUUCGUCGAUCGGGCAGCUCACGAUGCCACGCGAUUGGGUGCGCUUCUCGUGAGCCGCUGAAUGACCGAGAACCCGCAUGCAGUCUGCCGCCACAUAUAUUCGUCCCUUUGCUGUCUUUUCCUUGUCUUUCCUGCAGGGAGGGCCCUGCCGGCCCCUCCGUCCAGUCCACUCGCUGGGUGGCAUGAAUUCAGUCAGCUACUCCUCCACUCACUCCUUCCUGCCUCCCGCCCUCCUGUGUGUUGUGUCUGCCUGGCUUUGCGUGUGUGGGUGCCUGCCUGUCGUGGGAGGUCAAAACAAACAGGCACAGAGAGAGAGAGAGAGGGUCGUGUCAUCUUGUGGCUACAGUGGGUCGGUCCUGGAUGGAUGGAUGGGUGGCGGCGGUGAGUCAUUUGCCCAGCAGUCAGACAGACAUACAUACAGACAUUUGCACGCCAUACAGACAGACAUACAUGCAGGCAGGCAGAAGGACGAGCCUCCAUUCCUCCCUCCCAGCCCCUCUCUGUGUGUCUCUGUGUGUGUGUGGUUGGCUUGAGUUGGUCACGGGGGCGGGUGGGCUGUGGGGGUGGGGGAAGAAUCAGCCAACCAACCAGCCAGCCAGCCAGACAGACGGACAGACGGACGUUGGCAGCUUAGCUACCCGUAUGUAUCUAUCGCAUCCAUCUGCACGCGGCACAACACAACACAACACAAGACGGUGUGAGUGUGUGGGCCAGGCGGGGGGGCGGUGGCCUGGGGUGGGGGGCGUUGGCUCACUCACAUGGUGUGGAGGUAUGUGUAUGUGUGUUUAUGGGUGGGGCAAUCAGUCGUAGAAGACCGAAGCGAUGUUGUAGUUGGCCGGCGUCGACCACUUGGCAAUGCAGGCGUCCUGCUUGCCCUACAGCCACCAGCCACCAACCACACACACACACACAGAUGCACACACAGAGGGGCAGCGAGUGUAGUGGGGCCAUCCAUUCACUCAUUCAGUCAUUGCACUGCAGGUGCUGUGCUGUGUGAGGUUUGGCGUACGUACAAUGGCUAUGUGCGGCCUGUUCAGAGAUCGGAGGAGCCUGGCCAUCUCGUCCCUGCAGGAAGUCAGCUGAGACUUUUGCACCCCCGUCACACGCUUCAACGCCUCCGUCUGCACACACAAGAAAGAGGAAGGCAAGCACAGGCGCACACACACACACACACACACGUGUCGUGUCCUGUGUGUCGGUUAAUGUGUGGCCCCCCUCCCAUCGCCUCACUCACUGACUGACCCAGCUGGGCUCUCCGUGUCGGGGCUGUCCUUCCCGGAGCAGCCACAUCUUGCGGGUCAUGUACACCGCCGUAGCCUGACAAAGGGAUGGAUGGAUAAAUGGAUGGAUGGAUGUCGGGUGUGUGUUGCAUGGAUGGCGUGUGUGCGGCUCAAUUGGACGGACCGAGAUGAUGUUGGAUUUGUAUUGAGAGAAUGUGUAGUCCGUCAACGCCAACUCCUGCACACACACAGAGAGAGAGAGAGAGACCCCAUGGAUGGCAGGUACGUAAGAUGCACACACCACAUCCGUCCAUCCAUCCAUCCAUCCGUCUGUAUGUCUGUAUGUCUGUGUGCGUGUUUACGCACCUGGAGGAACUGCACGAAUGCGUGGUCCUUAGUGUCCGGAGGGAUGCCGCCCGCCUUGGCGAACCGGUCGCUGAACGCACAGUAGGUUGAGCUUGGCAACUCCAUCCCGGUGGUCCUAAACACCACACAAGGCAACACACACCACACACAUACGUCGGUCGGUUGAAUAAUGAGAGAGACAGGGAGAAAGGGCUGGCUCUUCCCACGUGUGUGGAUGUGAUGUGUGUGUAUCCACUUACAUGAGGAUGUGCUGUUCGAUCCUGAGGAAGUCGAUGCGCGUAUAGGUGCGGUCCCUCUUGUCCAUGGGCACCUCGUUCAUGAGGGUGACCAGGUCGUUGAUGACCACCGGCUCACGCUCCUCGUACUUGGACGCUAUCAGCAAACACGUGUAACCCACCUGGUGGCAGUGUGACCCACCUGGUGGCAGUACAGUAAUUAAGUGGAUGGAUGGAUGACACAAACAACACAUAAACAACACCCAUAUGUGUGUGAGUGAUUGUGCGUUCUGUGAGUAAAUGCAGUGCUGUGUGUGUAUGUUGGUACCAACAUGGUACCAACAUACUUACCGCCACGAGGUUGUGGUGGAACACAUUCUCUCCCUUGGCCCACACUGAUCGACACGAACGAAUGACACACACACACACGAGGGAGGCAAUUAAUUAAGACAGACGUGUGUGGCUAUGUGCGGUGACUGUGGUGCGGUGUGUCAUUCGUGUGGUCAGUAUGGCUCACUCCACUCACGUGUGUGUAUGUAGUAGUCGAGGAGCCGCACCGCCAGCGGCAGGGCCUCCUUGCACACACACAUGCGGCUGCAGCCGUCGAAGAUGCGAUCCACGGUGUAGCCGUGCAACUCCUUGAAGGCGUCGCCGCAGUUGCUCAGAAACUCCACAGACACGGCAUACUUGUCCUGUUGAGUUGACAGACACCACCCACAUGACACGACCACACGCAUCUCUCCCUCCUAAACCCGCCCUCUCUCUUUUUCUCUUCGCUGACUUACGGCUUGUCCGUGUGCGAGGGUGAGGGAGGGGUACUGGGGCAUCAUGUGGCCGUCUUGCAUCUCCUGGUUGGUGAGGUCGGGCGCCAGGGACUUGAGCCGGGCUGCCCCAUCGCCCAGCGCCAGGUCACGGUCCUUGGCGUUGGACUGCUGCAACUCCUUGAGCACCUUCUGGGCCUGCUCCUGCAACUGCUGCCGCAGCUCCUUGGCCACCCGACUUGCCCGACGGUCGGACUCGAUGCCCGCCAGCAGAAAGUCAUCGCUCCCGCGGCCGCCACGCAACUGGUACUGGGACUUGCGCGGCUCCUGAGAUGCAUACAUGCAUCGUCCGUAUGGCCCUGCUGCGUGCCCGCCAUCCCCUUUCUUUCUUUUGACGCCUGGCUGGCUUCUCCCUGUCAGCGGUACCUACCUUGGCUUUGGAGUAGGGACCCGUCGGCCCUGUGCCGCCGCGUUUGUUCGAGUCCUGCAGUGCCAACACCCACACCCACACACCCAUGUGUCAAUGCCCGCAUGCAUUCACGUCCCGUCCUGCUGCUUGCCCUUUCAUACCUCCUUACCUUGGGCAUCCUGUCCCGACGAGAAUGAUGGAUGUGACAAUUAAACGACAAGUCAACGACAAGUCUCAACAGGUAUACGUACGGUUACGUCCGUCCACUGGUCCGGCAACUCUCAACACCUCAACAACUCCUCCUUUUCUUUUUC